AUGUGCACAAUUGAGUUGCUCAGCAACCACAAAAUCAACUCCUUCAAGUCCAUGAGAAGAGAAGAGGUUUCUCUCUGUGUUGAGUCUAUUCGAGCGGCCGCAAAUAAUAGAGGUGUUGCUGUUGAUCUGAGUGACAAGGUCUCGUCUCUCAGCGUGGACAUGAGCUGCCGGAUGGUGCUUGGGAAGAAGUACAGGGAUGAGGAGUUUGAUGAGAGGGGUUUCAAGUCUGUGGUCAGAGAGGGUAUCCAAUUGGCAUCUGCUCCUAACUUGGGUGAUUACAUUCCCUUUAUUGCUCCACUUGACCUCCAAGGGUUCACAAAACGCAUGAAGUCUGUUAACAAGGCAUUUGAUAACUUGUUUGAGAAGAUCAUUGAGGAGCAUCUUAAACCUAACGAUGGAGAAAGAACUAAGGACUUUGUUGAUGUUAUGGUGGGCUUCAUGGGGUCCGAAGAAUCCGAAUACCGAAUCGAACGCCCCCAUAUCAAGGCUAUAAUGUUGGACAUGCUGGUGGCCUCCAUGGACACAUCAUCGACAACGAUUGAGUGGGCACUCUCCGAACUCAUGAGGCAUCCGAAAGCGAUGAAGAAAGUCCAAAAAGAGCUAGAAAAUGCUACAUCCAGUAGCACCAUUACUGGUUCCUCAUGCAUCCACUGA